GUUGCUCAGUCUAACCGGAAGUAAACAUUGAACGCUGCAGGAACCGUAGCUCAGACGAAAAGAGCCAUCCCUGCAAAUGGUCUCCCUGGUGUGCACCUUGCAAGACCACCUGGACGAUGUCAACUGGUGUUCCUUUUCUGCCAAACUCUUAGCCACUUGCUCGGGGGACAAAACUCUGCGGUUAUACAGCUGCGCUGACUUCUCAGAGCUGCCCUUCUCGCCUCUGACCGGACACGGUUAUGGCGUCCACUGCUGCUGCUUCAGCUCCUGUGGUCAGUUCCUCGCCUCCUGUUCCACCGACGCCACCGUAGUCGUCUGGUCCACAGUCUCUGGCGAGAUCGAGGCCGUGCUGGAGCAUCCCGGUCGCAGCCCUGUCAGGAUCUGUGCACUGUCUCCUGACUGUGCCAACCUGGUGUCUGGCGCAUCAGAUGGCUCAUUGGCUCUCUGGGAUUUUCCCUCCAAAAGGCUUCAGAGGACCGGCGCGGUGGAAGACACAACGAUGGUGGCCUGCUCUUUCAGCCCCUGCAGCCAAAUGUUCAUGACAGGCUCAACCUACGGAGACCUGCGGCUGUGGGACCUGGACAUGAACCAACUCCAUGCACAGAAGAAUGCACAUGACCUCGGCGUGACCUGCUGUGUAUUUGCGCCCACAAUUCUCGGUGACAGCAACAUGGUGGAGUUCCAUCUGGCUUCAAGUGGACAGGACAGUCAUGUGAAGAUCUGGACCAUUUCAAAAUUCAUUUCUGGAGGUUACAAAAUGCAACUGCUGCGUAAAUUAACAUCUCAGUCGGCUCCAGUUCUCUCCUGUGCCUACUCUUUUGAUGGGCAGCUUCUUGUUUCAGGCUCCGUGGACAAAACCGUAGCUGUCUAUGAUGCUAAAAAUGGCAUAUUGCUGUACACGUUAAACCAGCAUGACAGGUACGUGACGGCCUGCGCCUUCUCACCAUCGGCGCCGCUGAUAGCGACUGGAUCUAUGGACAAGAGCGUCAACAUCUGGAAGGUGGAGGACGGCUGCAGCGGCCACGCUGGGAAGUGCCUGCCAGAGGAAUCCUUUGUGACGUCAGGUCAAGGAAGCACGUCAGCCGGCCGCUCCAAGCUUCUGGUCAGCGACUGGUCGGAGGAGGACGUGUCGGUGUGGCUGCUGGACGAAGGGCUUGAAGUCCUGGUGGACAAAUUUAGGAGCAACAACAUCGACGGCACUGAGCUGCUCAAUCUCACCAAGGAAACACUGGCGUCAGAACUGCACAUCGAGUCUGUUGGUCUGCGUGGCCGAGUGCUGAGGAAGGUGGAGGAGCUGAAGAACGAGUCAUUGUGUACUGGCAUCCCAGACGAGUUCCUGUGUCCCAUCACCAGAGAGCUGAUGAAGGAGCCCGUCAUCGCUGCUGAUGGUUACUCGUACGAAAGAGAAGCCAUCGAGAGCUGGAUCAACACCAAGAACCGCUCCAGUCCCAUGACCAACCUCCCACUGCUCACAACUCUGCUCACGCCGAACCACACGCUGAAGAUGGCCAUCGGCCGCUGGAAAACAAGCCGCUAGCGACCAAACAUUAUGUGUAUUUCAGGCGUCGGAUCUCCCGGUUCGACGGGCAGAGUCGUGCUGCUUCGUGGAGGUCUGCCAACGCUGCGGCAAACUUCCUGGAGAGGACACAAGCGGAGCAAAAGGGAAGGGCUGUCAACAAAACACAACCUCGGAAUGGUAACUGAUUUAGAAACUGCGGCUCGGCUGGAGUUGCACCUGCUGCUCCUCUUGGCGCGCGCUCUGGCGUAGAACGCCUCGUAACAUCGGGGCUUGAUCUCCAGAGCUUUGCUGGCAAACUCUUCCGCUAUGCCGAAGUCCUGUAGACCCACACAGAGACGAUGAAUCAGUCUUUAAAUCAUGACUUAAUAUCUGGGUUUUUUUACUGAAUGCUGCCUGUGUAGAUCCGUAUCUGGCACACGGUAACAUAAACAUUCACCUCAGCGAGGGUUAAAGAAUCUGGGAAUAGCUGUGGCUAAACAAAUCAUUAUGUGAUCAAACUGAUGUCUAUGACAAACCUUGGUGGUGCAAUGUGGCUUCGCCUCCUUUAAUGACAUUAAUGGAAUGACCGUAUCAUCAAUGCUGUUGCUAAAAUCCUCUACUAGCAGCAAAAUACUGGACCCCAUGUGUGACUGUGUGAGAUGGACACUCUUUUCUCAUCAAAAUGGUCGACAUACAGAGUGGAUUCAGUGGUCUGGAAGCCCUCACUGUGGCGGUGAACUGGAGAUUUCUGCAUUUAAAUGAUGACAGAAAAGUCGUAUGUUUGUUCACGAGCAGCACGAGAGCGGCGUGUGAAGGUCGACACAUGACUGGAUGUCAGUGAUAGUGUAGCACCAAAUUGAACAAACCCUGAAACAGAUCGUGAGUGCUGGAUGAGACAUCGGCUGCACCUUCCUGACAGAAGCACCUGUCUUCCUCCCGCGCUCAUCACCGCUCUUCGAGCUGAAUGUUUAACCAACGCAUUGUCAUUCCGUCCUUGGGAGCGAGGUCAGGCUCGCGGCCGUGACGGCGAGCUGCUGAAUGCUGCUCUUGCAUUUUUAAUGACGCUAUGACAGAGACUCGCGGUCUGAAUCCUGAUUUUGUUGAUGUAAUUGGCCCACUUUCACGUCCACUGUAAAGAAGCGGAGAGUGGAAGAGGGAGCGUCUUGGCCUGUCACGAGUCUGACCUUUAUCAUAUCAGGUUAUCUGCUCCAUUAUUCACGGCACACGUCGACCCUGAGGGGGGAUCCGGCCGCGGCUGCCGGCCACACAUCCAUCGCGCCAUGAUGAGAUCUUAGCAGUUCCUUAUGUCGCCACCUGCUCCCUGUCUUGGUGAACAUCGUGUUUCCCACCGCAGAGGAGCGGAGACGUUUUCACACCGCUACAUCGGGGGUGCUAUUAUCUUUUCAUGUCGACGCAGAUGAAUUAUAAAUACGUGGUGAGGUUUCAUCCAUCUCCUCAGCAUCCAAUAAGCCUGGCGGCCUUUAAAACUGCAGGGGUUUGACAGAGCGCCGUCACUUACAUUGGUUUUCCGCCGGCAGCGGGAAAGGUUCAGAUAGAGCGAGACCCUCAGGUCUUUCAGCCCCUUCAGCUCCUCUGCCUGGCCCUCGCGAGGGAACUUCCUCAGGGCGUACUGGUACCGCUGGCCCGCCUCUUUCAUGCGUCCUUUCUGGGUGGAAGACAGAAACGUAAGAACAUCAUGUGAAGCAGUGCAGCAGGACUGACUCCCCAUGUGAGAGUUUGUUUCACUGGCACGACAGUUGAAAAGAUAAAAUUGUUUGUUUGAUGUUGCGACGACUGCUUAUAGGACUAUUAAGGCAACACAACCGUAUGAAGCUGUGGGAGGCGACAGGAGUUCCAAAGGUCUUCCAUUGUAGCAAUAAAUAGCAAGACAUUUCCCUGCCUUGUAGAGCAUGUUUCCCUCCUCCAUGAGCUUCUGCAGCAGGAUGAGAAGAAUGUCUGGCUUGGAUGAAGCCAUCGCCCAGGUGGCGUGACCUGAAAAGGAUGUGCAAAGAUGAAUCAAUAACAGGGUGGCGCCAUUCGCUGGCCAUUUUUAAUCCUCACCUGAUCGAUCAUGUGGACCUGUCCUGGAUCCUGUAGAGUGCAACAAACAGCAGUUACAAAAGCAGGACAAAAAAGUCCCAGCAGAGAGGAGUGUUGUGUCGGUGACAGUGACUUCAGUCUUUUCUCUCUUCAAGCCUGUUCUGACAGUCAAGACCGAAUCCUGGCAUGAACUAUGUUUACACCUCUAAAGACAGAGUCAGCCUCUGUGCUCCACGUCUCUCACGGAUGACAGACCUGACAGACCCAGACAUGAAGUCAUUACCCGUCUUGGCUCCUUUCUUGACCAGGGAGGCCACCAGGGCUGGGUUCUGGCAGCCCUCUGAAGCCCGGGCACCGUUGUUGUCCACCCUGUCCAGAACCGCGCCGUGCUCCAGCAGGAAGUGAACCUGAGGUCGGAGGGAUCAAUCAUUGCUCUGAUGAGAAACCCACCCUGACGCUCCUCUUCUGGGAAAUGGUUUGCUGCGUGACACCCACCAUUUCUGAAUCCCCGUUGAGGGCAGCAAGGUCCAGAGGGGUUCUGCCCUGGCGGUCUGGGAUGUUGAAGUCAGCAUCGGCCUCCACCAACACCUGCACAACGCCUUUGUGGCCCCUCAGACAGGACCACCCGAGGGCGCUCAAACCCUCCUGGUCCACAUUGGAAAGAGACGCCCCUGUGACCCCAGAUUAGACAACAGGUUUACAUGCGGCAGAUAUUUUGUAGCGACUUUGGCGUCUCACUCUUUGACAGCAGCAACUGCACGCUGCUCACGUGACCCUCGGCUGCGGCCAGCAUCAGCGCGGUGCGGCCCUGUUUGUCGCAGACAGCGAUGUCGGCGUCUUGCUUCAGCAGCAGCUCCAAAACCUGGCAGAGCAACGAAAGUCAGGUUAACACUGUAACAAGGGGCCAUUGUCGUCACGCUCCUCACUUGUGUGUGUCCGUGCUUGGCGGCGCUCAGGAGCGGCAGCAUCCCUCUGCGAUUUGGUACCUCUAGCCCCGCCCCUCGGUCAAGGAGGAGCGCACACACCUCGGUCCUCCCUCUGCCUGCCGCUGCGCUCAGCACUGGCGGAGGGUCGGCGAGGCGGAGAGAGAGGGAGAAGAAUAUGUCACUGAGGCGUUGGUGAAGGAAGGAGAGGCUGCACGGCUGCUGGUGUUUUUCCACUGACUCAAAUGAUUUUUCAGACUCUUUCUUACAACAUCAACUGUAUUUGUAAGAGCAGAUGCCAGUGAGUCAGCUCUUAUUCAAGUGACAUUUCUCUGUCAUCGUGUUUGAGAAACACUUGAAACUCAGAUGAACGCAGAAGCCUGGGGUGACUUUGAGAGGCGGCGCAAAUGGGAACAAGGUCAAAGGGUCAAACCAAGCCGCUAAAUACCCAAACACAAAAGAUUGAUGCAAAGGUCAGUGGAACUCUCAUCCAAUCAGAAGCUCUGUGUGGUGUAAUCUUUCGUGUCUUCGCAACACUGACAUUGAAGACUUUUACACCACCUGCAUACUGAAAACAGCAGGCGUGGUCUUAAACCUGCUCCUCUGUCUCAUCACUGGAGGGAACUGUGCACUUUAAUUCAGCUUUUAUUGGCUCUGGAGGCAGCACUGAGUUUUUAUCUGAAGAAGUAAGAGGCGGACGCGUCGAGACAUCAUGUCAAUUGUAGUCGGAAGUGUGAGAGGAGGUCUGUCCUUUCAGGUUUAGUGAGGGAAUGAGGAUCGUCUGCAGAUCCAGAGCUUUAUGGCCUGGACUCAAAUGAAACUGAAAGACCAAAAAAGGGGAUGGGAUCGCUAAAUUUGGCUGAGUGAAACGCACCGGUUUCUCCCCAGAGAGAGUCGUGAGCGUCCAUCUGCACAGCCAGAUGUUCAUCUUUCAAGUCCAGUAGGCUCCUCACCACCUGCAGGAAAACACACUCUAAUAGUUCUGAGCGUGACUGGGCAGAAACACGACGCAGUAGCAGAAACUGUGUGGCACAUGACAAUGGCUGGACUGCUGGUACCUGUGAGUGUCCCACACUCGCCGCAGCCGUGACCGCCUGCUGCACCGCCUGUGUCUUCACAGUCACGGCUUCACUCAUGCUCGGCUGCUGCGGGUCACCUGGGUUCUCCACUGUCCAAUCCUGGCCCAGCAGGACGGUGAUGAUGUCGGCACUGCCCUUCAGCGCCGCGUGGACUAACGCACACUGGCCGUUCUUAUCAGCGUGGCCCACCUGGCAGAGAGGAGGCGCUCAUGACAGUGAGUCGGCCACUAAUGCGCUGGCCUAGAUCAGGAGGGUUUGUCACACAGUCCCCAGAAUAGAUCUUGAAAUCAGGGCUGCUAGGAGGAAUACGAAUUUUCAAAUUCCUGUCUGGCGAACAAGAGCACGACGCUCACCUUGGCCCCCUUCUUGCAGAGCAGAGCGAUGAUGUCAGUGUGUCCUGCUGCAGCAGCCAGACACAGCGGCGUCAGUCCGGCGUCGUUGGUCACAUCGACGGAAGCUCCCAUCUCCAGGAGCAGAGUCACCAUCUCCAGAUGCCCCAGGUGGGCGUGGACCCCCAGGAUGGGGGCGUGACCCACGACCUCCGUGCACCAGGACACAUUAGCCCCGCCCAUCAUUAACAGACGACUAACCUGCAGUGCAAGAAAAAUAUCCAGUCAUCUAACCAGUUUGGAGGUCAGGUCGCGGGGGCAGCGCUCAGAGCAAAGAAAAGGGUCGAAAGGCUUUCACAUGAAGAGUGUUUUUUUUUUGCAGUCAAAAUAUUAAUAAAGCACAUUAUUGAGGUAGAAACCAUCCUGCUUCUGGCAAAUGGGGGUCGCCACAGCACCUCCACUGAUCUUGGUCAUUCUCCCUUGUCACACCUAUUUUCAUCUGAACCUCAUCUAUUCCAUGUGUAGGACACACUGCAGUCUCCCUUGAAACUCUUUUGUGAUGAAACUUAUGACUGGAGAUCAUAUUUCCUCAUGUUGAAAUAUUAUAGUUAUCAACUGUAGCUAUGAGGAAUUCAGUACUUCACAUCUCUGAUAGAGCCCAAUAAUGUCUUACAGACCACUGCCAGUUUUUUUAUCUGUCUGCUGUCCCCAAUGUAGCUUAUGUCUCUUAGCAGUUACUAACUCGAUAAGCGUAGCGUGUGUUAAUCGAAUUCAUUGUGAGAUGCAAAAUGCUCAUCGCAGGGAUCGUUUUUGGCGGUGUAUUGUGUACGAUAAGUUAUCGCCCACCCCUAGUUUACAUACUUUUUCAAACUGAGUACAUGGUAUUUGUUGCAGUCAUCAUUGAGGCUACUCGAUCCUCUGUCAGAAAGCAUUGUCUAUUUGGGUGUGUCACUGAAAUAAGUGCCACCUUGAUGUUUGGUGUGUAAAGGUUCCUGAGGGAUGCUAGUGCCGCCGACAGACCGUCUGUGCUACAGUUCACCCACAUGGCCUGCAGGACGCUGGAGGACACCCCUGUUUUCUUGCUCAGGCCCUGCAAGUCAAGAGUGAAGCAGAUCGAUGAGACUGAGGAGAAACAGAAGUUGAUUUAUGUGUCAGAAGUAAAAUCCAAUUCGGACAAAUAGAGCUGUUUCUCCUGCGCUGCGGUGCAUGUGUGUAUAUGGAGAGAGCUAAUGUGUGUUGGUGGAGGGCAGGCAUUUAUGUCGGUGGAUCUGUGUGUGUGUGUGUGUGUGGUGUAGGAGGCUCCUCAUGUGGCGCCCUUGGGAGCUGACAAAGGCUCCAGGGCCAAUCAUCUUAUUGUUAUUGAAUAAUGAAUUCCAUCUCCCUCACCUUGAAGAUGUGAGCCUUGAGGAUGUGGUGUCCCAGUUCCAUGGUCUGCUGACGGUUGAGCUUCCCCUGCUGCCGGGAGAACAUGAAGGCCAGGAGAGCAUGGCCACUUCUGCAAACACGAGAUGUCACACCAUCUCAUCCGUCCUUCCACGACUGUUCUCACAACCCAUGCCCUGUGUCUGGAUGUGAACUAAGACUGUGAGGGAUUCUAACUGAAGAAAAUAAUCUUCUCUUGUAACACGUGAACAUCUAACCCAGGGGUCACCAACCUUUUAGCAACCGCA